AUGGUUGCGGCCAAGAAACAAAAAAAGACCAUCGAGUCUAUCAACUCUCGAUUGGCUCUGGUUAUGAAAUCUGGGAAAUACUGCCUUGGCUACAAGCAAACAUUGAAGACUCUCCGUCAAGGCAAAGCCAAGCUGGUCAUCAUUGCUAAGAACGCUCCUCCUCUAAGGAAAUCAGAGAUUGAGUACUAUGCCCUCCUCGCCAAGACAGGAGUCCACCACUACAGUGGAAACAACAUCGAGUUAGGUACAGCAUGUGGAAAGUACUACAGGGUGUGCACACUCGCUAUUACUGACCCUGGUGAUUCUGACAUCAUUACCACUCUGCCUGAGUCGCAGGUGUAG